AUGCCAGAAACAGAAGUCCAAGACGGGAGUCAGACCCAACGGCUGACCAAUGCAGAUUUUAGACGAUUACUUAUGACCCCUAGGUCAAGUCAUCCAUCAGCCACUCCAUCGCUCUCCAAUGCAAGCGAAACGCCAUCUUCCAAGACGCCGUCUACGUCAAAAUUCGAAUCUGGUGGUUCGAACGACAAAGCUGAGCUUAGACGCAAAAAAAAGAUAUUCUAUGCCAAGCUCAAAAAACAGGAAGAAAAUAAAAUGGCUGAACUUGCCGAGAAGUAUCGUGACAGGGCCAAAGAACGUCGUGUUGGUGCCAACCCUGACUAUCAGUCUCAGGACCCUGUAGCUGUUGCCAGUGGUUAA